AUGUCGCCUUCCCGCAUCAUCAAGGCCGGCGCUUUGGCGCUUGCCUGUGCGAGUACCGUCUCGGCGACCCAGAAGUAUACCCUCGAUUCGAGCGAUGACUACAAGGGAUCGAACUUUUUCGAUUUCUUCGAUUUCAUGAGUGGCCCCGAUCCUACCGCCGGGUAUGUUCAAUAUCAAGACAAGCAGAAAGCAAUGUCCUCUGGACUUGGAGGGCCUUUGGCUUCGACUUCGGGCAAUCAAGCCUACAUGGGAGUUGAUCACUGGAACAAAUACAACCCAACUGGAGUCGGACGGCCCAGCGUGAGAAUCGAGUCCAAGAAGACAUACAACCAUGGUCUUUUCCUCCUCGAUCUCGCCCACAUGCCGGCAUCUGUUUGUGGAACCUGGCCCGCGUUUUGGACCUACUCAGACGUGAACUACCCGUCGCAAGGAGAGAUCGACAUCUUGGAGAAUAUCCACGAGAACACCGUCUCCUUGGAGGCGCUCCAUACCUCACCCGGUUGCGUCGUCGCCGGGAACCAACAUGGUCUCCAGCAGUCAGGUAAACAGGAAACCUACAAUUGCGAUGAUAAAGCGACAAGCAGCCCCUUCGGCUCCCAAUAUGAGAACCAAGGUUGUGCAUCCACCAACACCGACCCCGCCUCGUAUGGUUCCUCGUUCAACAAAAACGGAGGUGGCGUCUAUGCCAUGGAAUGGACAAGCGAUGUGAUUCAGGUCUGGAACUUUGGUGCAAACAGCAUCCCCAGUGAUAUCAAAUCUGGUAACCCAGAUCCAUCUAAAUGGGGAUUGCCGACUUUCACCACCGCCAAGGGCCAAUGCGAUAUUGAUUCUCACUUCAAGGACCACAAGAUUGUUCUUGACACUACAUUCUGCGGAAACUGGGCUGGUCAAUCAGUAUUUUGGGAGGCUACUUCAUGCUAUGACAAAGUCAAGUACCCUACUUGCAAUUCUUAUGUUGCAGCCAACCCCGACAAAUAUAAGGAUGCUUUCUGGCUCAUCAACGGCUUGAAGGUGUACAAGAAGACCACCGUCGUAUCGUCCAGCAGCACUCUUCUACGACCUCGAACACUUCUACAGCAUCCUCGACCUCUAACAUCCUCGACCUCUAAGUCUUCUACGACCUCGAACACUUCUACAGCAUCCUCGACCUCUGAAGUCUCACCAACCACCUCACCCACCAAAGGCUCCACCUCAAGCGCGCCUACCGCAUCCAGCUCGUCCGUGAGAUACCAGAACUCUACCUCAACGGCAUCUGAAAGUGUGACAUCGGCAUCUGAGAGUAUGACAACAUCCACCGUCUACACCACAAGUGUCUACACCGUCACCUCUUGUGCACCCACAGUCACCAACUGCCCCGCCCAUGUAGGCAAGGUAACCACUGAGAUUAUCGCUCUCUACACAACCGUCUGCCCAGUUGGAAGCUCGCCCACACCCGCCCCAAGACCGACUUCCGUUCCCGCAGGAGAUCUGACUACAUCUACCUUGUACACAACUAAGAUCUACACCAUCACUGCGUGCCCUCCCUCAGUGACCGACUGCCCAGCUGUCAUCGGAAAGGAGACCACCGAGGUCAUUUCUCUGACCACGACAAUUUACCCCAAUCCAGCACCCACCGACGAACCCACAACCACGAUAACUUUUAUCAAUCCAGCACCCACCGCUGUCUGCACUCCAGGCGCCGUAAACUGCCCUUCCGGUGAGGAACCCACGACCACGAUAACUUUUAUCAACCCAGCACCCACCGCUGUCUGCACUCCAGGCGCCGUAAACUGCCCUCCCGGUGGCAAUCCAAGCACACCGAUCGUUAAUGGAACCUCGCAGUGGAACUCCACUCGCACCGAAACUCGUAUUCCUGUUGUGACUCUCAGCACUCUGUCAAUCAGUGCUCCAGUGCCAGUUGCCCCAACUCCAGUUGGACCAACUGGAGGUGCCGCAGCUCCUAGCGCCCCACCAGUGUUCGCAAGUGGUGCUGAGGGUAUGAGAGUUGGAGGAUUCGUUGCCAGUGUCGUUGGAUUGGUUGCUGUUUUCGGAAUGCUGUAA